GGAGGGAGGACGGACGGACCGACCGACCGGCGGGGCGGGCAGGGGGGACAAGCCGCCGCCAGCCGGGUGCGCGGCGACCUGAUCCCUGUCCAACAUGGUCGCCGCUCACACCUCCCAUUCCUCAUCCUCCGGCGAGUGGAUCGCUUGCCUGGAUAAAAGACCUUUGGAACGUUCCAGUGAAGAUGUAGAUAUAAUAUUCACAAGACUGAAAGAAGUGAAAGCUUUUGAGAAAUUUCAUCCAAACCUUCUCCAGCAGAUAUGUCUGUGUGGAUAUUAUGAAAAUCUGGAAAAAGGAAUCACAUUAUUUCGUCAGGGUGAUAUUGGGACCAACUGGUAUGCUGUUCUGACAGGAUCACUGGAUGUGAAGGUUUCUGAUACGAGCAACCACCAGGAUGCUGUGACAAUAUGCACUCUGGGAAUAGGAACUGCUUUUGGAGAGUCCAUUCUGGAUAACACUCCUCGCCAUGCAACCAUCGUUACCAGAGAAUAUAGCGAGCUCCUUCGAAUUGAGCAGAAGGACUUUAAGGCGCUUUGGGAGAAAUAUCGACAGUAUAUGUCUGGACUUCUCACUCCUCCUUAUGGUGUUAUGGAAACUGGCUCCAACAAUGACAGAAUGCCAGAUAAGGACGGUAUGUCAAGCGGCGCACUUUGCCAAGUUUCUAAAAAUUGUAAUAAGACACCUCUUAUUGAACCUCACAUCCCACAUCGUCCUACUAAAACCAUUACACAGGUUCCUUCAGAAAAGAUCCUCAGAGCUGGAAAGAUUUUGCGGAAUACAAUUCUGUCCCGAGCCCCUCACAUGAUAAGAGAUCGUAAAUACCAUCUGAAGACUUACAGGCAAUGCUGUGUGGGGACAGAACUAGUUGACUGGAUGAUGCAGCAAAGUCCUUGUGUCCAUUCACGAACCCAGGCUGUUGGCAUGUGGCAAGUAUUGCUGGAAGAAGGUGUUCUUAACCACGUGGAUCAGGAACACCACUUUCAAGACAAGUACUUAUUUUAUCGAUUUUUGGACGAUGAGCAUGAAGAUGCCCCUUUGCCAACUGAGGAAGAGAAAAAAGAAUGCGAUGAGGAGCUACAGGACACUAUGCUGCUUCUGUCUCAGAUUGGGCCAGAUGCUCAUAUGAGGAUGAUUCUCAGAAAACCGCCUGGCCAGAGAACUGUAGAUGACUUAGAAAUUAUAUAUGAAGAACUUCUUCACAUUAAGGCCUUAUCUCAUCUUUCUACCACAGUAAAGCGAGAAUUAGCAGGUGUCCUCAUUUUUGAGUCACAUCCCAAAGCAGGAACGGUCUUAUUUAAUCAGGGAGAAGAAGGUACUUCUUGGUACAUUAUCCUAAAGGGAUCAGUAAACGUAGUCAUUUAUGGCAAGGGUGUGGUGUGUACUUUACACGAAGGAGAUGAUUUUGGCAAGUUAGCGCUUGUGAAUGAUGCUCCCAGAGCAGCUUCCAUUGUUCUGCGUGAAGACAACUGCCACUUCUUGAGAGUAGACAAAGAGGACUUCAACAGGAUUCUUAGGGAUGUGGAAGCAAAUACAGUAAGACUCAAAGAACAUGACCAAGAUGUCUUGGUGUUGGAGAAGAUCCCAGCAGGAAGCAGAGUUUCUAAUCAAGGAAAUUCACAGCCCCAGCACAAGUAUAUCGUGAUGUCAGGAACCCCAGAGAAAAUUUUAGAGCACUUUCUAGAAACUAUGCGCCUUGAAGCAACUUUAAGUGAAGCAACAGAUUCUGUUUUAAAUGAUUUUAUUAUGAUGCACUGUGUUUUUAUGCCAAAUAGUCAGCUCUGCCCAGCCUUGAUGGCACACUAUCAUGCCCAGCCUUCCCAGGGUACAGAGCAGGAGAAAAUGGAUUAUGCCCUCAACAAUAAAAGGCGAGUCAUUCGACUGGUUCUGCAGUGGGCUGCUUUAUAUGGAGAUCUACUACAAGAAGAUGAAGCGGCAAUGGCCUUUUUGGAGGAAUUUUAUGUAUCUGUAUCAGAUGAUACUAGAAUGAUUGCAGCACUAAAGGAGCAACUUCCAGAGCUAGAGAAAAUUGUAAAGCAAAUUUCUGAAGAACCUAAAGCAUCACAAAAGAAGCACAAAGUUCUUCUGCAGCUGUUCAACACAAGUGAUGACAGAGCACAGAAACGCCAGCCUAUCAGGGGCAGCGACGAAGUUCUGUUUAAGGUGUACUGCGUAGACCAAACCUACACCACUAUCCGGGUGCCAGUGUCUUCCUCUGUGAAGGAAGUGAUCAGCGCAGUAGCUGAUAAGCUGGGUUCUGGAGAAGGCCUCAUCAUCGUAAAGAUGAGCUCAGGAGGAGAAAAGGUUGUGCUCAAACCUCAUGAUGUUUCAGUGUUUACAACUCUCAGUGUUAACGGCCGGCUGUUUGCUUGCCCACGGGAUCAGUUUGAUUCAUUGGCACCAUUACCAGAACAAGAAGGACCAUCUACUGGUACAGUGGGAACAUUUGAACUGAUGAGCUCCAAAGACCUAGCACAUCAGAUGACAAUUUAUGACUGGGAGCUCUUCAACUGUGUGCAUGAGCUGGAAUUGAUCUAUCACACUUUUGGAAGGCACAAUUUUAAAAAGACCACAGCAAAUCUGGACUUGUUUUUAAGAAGAUUUAAUGAAAUUCAGUUCUGGGUGGUCACUGAGAUUUGUCUUUGCUCUCAACUCAGCAAGCGCGUUCAGCUGUUAAAGAAGUAUAUUAAGAUAGCAGCCCACUGUAAAGAAUACAAAAAUCUGAAUUCCUUUUUCGCUAUUAUUAUGGGACUGAGUAAUGUUGCUGUGAGCCGUCUCUCGUUAACGUGGGAGAAACUUCCAAGCAAGUUCAAGAAGAUCUAUGCAGAGUUUGAAAGCUUAAUGGAUCCAUCAAGAAACCAUCGGGCCUACAGACUAACUGUAGCUAAAUUGGACCCUCCAAUAAUUCCUUUCAUGCCACUACUUAUAAAAGACAUGACGUUUACUCAUGAGGGAAACAAGACAUUCACUGACAAUCUAGUAAACUUCGAAAAAAUGCGCAUGAUUGCCAACACUGUCAGGACGGUGAAAUUCUGCCGAAGCCAAUCUUUCAAUCCUGACGCAGCCCUAACUAAUAAGAACCAUCAGGAUGUUCGGAGCUAUGUGCGGCAAUUAAAUGUGAUUGACAACCAGAGAACUUUAUCACAGAUGUCUCACCGACUGGAACCGCGUCGAGCAUAAACAUUUGAAGCAAUGAUGAGAAAUGAUCUUUUAUCCUGUCAAGGUCACUUGUUAAGAACUUCACUUUCUCUGCUACCGCACUGCCACUACAAAAAUAAGCAAAAACAUAUUCUAAGGUCUUAGGCAACGCACAAUGUCCCAGCCCGUCAGAGAACUUUGGCUGAGGCAGGAUUUAUGCACUGUAGUUGUAUGGGUGGCCAUGUUGUGAACUGUUAAUUCUGAAAGUGGAGUAGAUGAUUUCUCAUAGGGAUAAAAAAAAGGCGAAAGAUAAAAUAGAAUCGUUGGUGAAAAAUGCACAAAAAGCUUCUAACAAUUCUAAGGGAGGUAGUGUCUUUCUCUCUAAUUAAAAUUCUGUAUUUUAUGAUUUAUUCUCCAGGUCAGGACCAAAACUGGUCAUCAGUUUGGCUUGCCCGGCUACUGUUGACCUCAGUAGGAGAUGUAUGUAAGCAUCUGAUGAAAAAAUGUAGGUUUAAGAGAGGUCCAAGGUAUAGUUCCAUUCAGAGAAGACUUACAAAUGUUUCCGUUCGAAAUACAACAGAUACUAAGAAAAAUUUCUAAUUUUUAUCAUACUGCCUACUACUGCAAGCAGUGUGGCCAUUUCAGAAAACUGACAGGACUGAAAAUAUUUGGAAUGAUAAAUAUAUUAAUCCGUGUUUACAUUUUACUUCUUUUUUUAAACUACCAAUCAGGUUUUUACAAAAUUCCAUUACGGUAGUAAGGUUGUUGAAAUCAAUAGCAUAAAGGUAGCAAAGAACUGGUUCAAAAAGAGCACAAUAUGUACAAACAGAUUUCAAGAGAAUAAUUUCCUGCACAUUAAAACCUUAAACUUCAGCUAUAAUUAAUUGUGGCUGGUUAACACGUAUUUUCUGGUCUUAAGCAUUUCCAAAUAUCUUAAUUUUCAGCCAAUUGUUUUGCACUUUCAAUAGACUGUAAAUAAAUGUUAAUGCAUUAUGUUCUAGAAUAUUUAUUUAUGUAAUAGCUAUUGUGCCAAAAUUCAGUUUUAUUUAUUUUGUUUAGCAUGUUAUGGGAGUGCAGCUUUUGUCUUUAUACUUUGUGUGCUUUUCACGUGUAGGAAUUGUGUGAUGUAAGUUUUCUGUAAAUAACACGCAGUACCUUAUUAAAUGUAAUUGCCGGAAGGGUUUAGUCGCUGGCCUUAUUUGCACUUUCAGCUUCAUUCCUGCAUAAAUGCCGAUGCUAUUAAUUGGCCAAUACAGCAAACUUCGCUUGUCAUUUGCUGAGCCUCAAAACCGCAGCUGACUGAUGUCCAGCGUGAUAUGGAUGGCCAGUGUAAAGCCAGUCAGAGCCGUCCCUGCCACAGGGGAUGGCAGCCUUGCGCUCAUGUAACACUACAGUUUUAUUAGCUGGUUUCAUUAGAGUUCCCAAGGAGGCUCCCUGAGAAGACAGAAAACAUUUAAAUCGGAAAGGUUUAAAUGAAGAAGGGAUGUGUGCUUCAUUUUCGCUAUCUGACUAAUUUGUCCUGCUCGGUCACUGAUGUGAACACUACAAGUUACCUCCUCUUGGCCAGGAUUUUAGCUGAGGGUGGCUAACUCCAGUGGAGACCUCGGCUGAUGUGGCACUCUUCGGUCACCUCAGGGAGGUCCAUCAGGUCCUGCAGCCGAGCGGGAGGAGGUGAUCUGGCAUGUUCCCGUUCCCCUCCAAGAUCACUUGUGCCAGCCUGAACGCUCCACGGGACGGCUGUACUGCUGCUGGGCAACCACUGAUCGUGGCCAAGCCUGUGCCGAGGGAAUGAUGAUGCUCAAAUGGCAACAGGCUUUCCUGUUGCAUUCACACUGGCUCUGCUCUGCGAAGCGGGAUGUCAUAAAACUGAUUAAGCCUGAAAUUACAACUAUUAUCUCAUAAUUAAGCUUCAGAGAUGACCUCAUUGAUAUAGCCUACGUUUUGCCUCAGAUACAGAGUAGACUUUUCUUGGCAUUGAGUGGGGCUGUGUGGAGUCAGUAUACACAGACAGAUUUUAUUUUUUUUAUCUGUAAAAAUAAUCGCAUCCUUUUAGUCAAAACAUAAAUUCUGCAAAAGCUGAGAGUCACUGGGGAAAUGCUGACACACAGAACCACUGUCUGCUCAGUACCUGCAUCCUGCAAAGGAAAGAAUUACACAGUUAAGAAAUAUUCUGCAGCAUGAUGAAAUAAUUUAUUUUAACUUUGCUGUCUGACUAGAAGUUCAAGAUGAUUCAGAGGAAAACCAGCUAAUAACAUAGAGACAAAUUUGUAUCUUAUUAUUUCAAGUGAGAAAUAUUUCUUAUUUCCAUUUGUACCGCUCUAUGAAUAUACUUCAUAUGGCUUUUUCAGAUACGGAAUCUUCCCAGAAGCAAAGUAUGCAGUAGAGUAAACUGCAGGGACACAAUAAAUUCAAAAGACCUUUUUAUCUUUACAAUCAAUUUAUAACAUUUGUGAGUUCUUGAUUUUAUUUGUUCCAGGUUUGUUCCUAUUGUUUGGACUUUCAUUUAUUUCUGCGUUAACUGGUUUAUAAAGCUGCCAAGUUUCAGCUUGGCUCUGCACAUAGACCGAUUCUUCAUCCGUUUAGUAUGUUUUUAUCCCCUUGGUUUAUCCUUUUAUUCCUUAGAACCUCUAACUGUUUUACUUACUUGUUGCCAACCAACCUCUGUCGUCUAGAUAUAUCCCAGUGAUACAAACAGAGGUUUUAUGGCACCUCCGUAUCAACAAACGAAUGCAGUUUACCUACUCAAUGAAACUGGUAUCUGGCAUUUUUUAAUUUUCCAAUAAAGGGUGCUGU